CAUAGAAAUUGUGCGAAGUUAAGUGUUUUUUAUUGUCUUAAAUACAGGGAACGUAAAGUAGCAAUGUAUUCUAGUAGAUAUAAAACCAGAGAGAAAGUGAACAGUCAUAUCUUUUUACCUCUGCACUGAAAACAAAUACAAACAUAGUUGUUAACUUUUACUUUUCUGAUUAGCAAGUUAAGGAAAAUAAUUCACCAUCUUUAAAAACACUCAUUUCUUUUUAAUUACCGCAUUCAUUUUUCUCCGUUUUCUUUAAAGUGUUGUAUUGAAAUGACUCCUUUUCUUCAGUGCCUUGCUUUCUGUGCUUUUAUUGUACCAGUAAUAACUUUAGGUCCGAUGCUGAGUUUUACUGGGAACCCUGAAACAAUAAUAGAACAUAUUGAGCCUUUGACUUUGACAUGUUCGUUUAAGGUCAGUGACAACAAGGUGUACGAAGACAUUGGACUAGAGGCUCGUUUCUUGUACAUAUUACAUGAAACGAAAAGAACCAUUGCAAGCAUUUCUAAAGGUCAACCUGUGGCUAAAGUCCAAUACCCUGGUUCUACUAAAGUUCAAGGACAAAUCUACGACAGCAAGGAUUUAAAAGAGUCUUUUCUUCAAGUAACGUGGAAAAAUCCGAAACUCUCGGAGUCUGGGAAAUAUUUCUGUCUUGCGCAUGCCAGUAAUUCUACGGGCCAAGACGUUGUGAUAGAUGCUAGCAUAACCAUUAAUGUGAGCAGAUCAACAAUGGAGGACUUGGCUUCAGCUGUGAGUCGUCUAAGAGAUCGUGCUGAUCAAAAUGAAGAGAGAGAAACACAAAACAGGAAGCGAAUAAUGCGCUUGGAAGAAGACUUCAAUGUUCGGGUUGCCAAUUUGUCCCUUUUGUUAAACAUGCAGUUUGAAACAGCAACUGAAAUUGAGGAAAGUACUGUAACCCCUGAACCUCUCAAUGCUCCUUGUAAACCAGGCUUUAAGAAAGUCAAAGACGGACCACUCUUUGCUUGUCUUUGGACAUCGACAUUUCCUUUGCCACAUGAUGGUGCCCGGGAAGAUUGCAAAGCUCAAGGAGCUCAUCUGUUAACUUUGAAGACUUAUGAACAACUAAAACUACUAGUAAACAAUAACCCAGCCAAACCCAUAUGGAUUGGUUUAAACGACCAAGAGACGGAGGGAGCAUUUGUUUGGGAAGACGAUGACUCAGUCUGCGACUAUUCCUGCAGACAGAUGAUCUUUGUGAAAGGAGAACCUAAUAAUGCCAACAAUGAAGACUGCGUGGAAUAUUCUCCCGAGAAACAUGGGCUCAAUGACGUUCUCUGCUCAGAUACAAAAUAUGUCAUCUGUGAACAGCCUUUCUAAUUUAUAUUAAACGAGUCGACCCGCGGCCUAGCAUACGCCUCACACCUCAUUUAUUUUUCGGAGUCUCACUCUCUGUCACCGCCAAGUUUUUGUAUUGGCUGAAAACAUUAUUAGACAGAAAUACUUUUGAAAUAUGACUAUUCUUAAAAUAUGUAACUAUUGGUUUUAAGGAAAAAAAUUAUGCAGUUUAAAAAGCAUACAUAUUUUUUCAAGGUUCCUUAAGUUUGAUGUUUUUGAAAGUGCAGGGGACAUGUUGAUAAAUCCUAAACUUAGUUCAAUUAAACUAGUGGAGACUUACAAUAGAAUUAGGCAAGGUCACCAUUGUUUAAUUACAUUGUGGUGUAGAAAUCGUCCCUCCUGAUCUGAAACAUUCAUUGUCUAUUGAUGGAAUAAAGUUAUUAUUAUUAUAGGCUAUACAUUAAUGAAAACAUUUUUAGAUAUGCAUUUUAUAUGUAUUUUUUAAAAAGUAUUUUAACAUAGUGUUCAUUGUAAUAAAAAAAAGAAUACAGGACUUAAAAUAAACUGUUAAACUCAUUGACAUAAAGUGUUUUUUUUGUAAUUAUGAAAAUGAAAAAUGUUAAUAAAAAUAAAUAAAUUGAACAUCG